GCGUCCCCUCGUAUGAAUCUUCAAACUUUUCUUUGUCGUAAAGAUUCGAUCUAUUCAUACUCUUACUUUCCUCUAUUUUAAUUUUGCUUUAAUCUGGAAUUGAGCUUUCUUUUUAAAUUUUUAUGAUUCAUUUGAUAUGUUUCCCCACUUUGCAUAAUACGCCCUAUCCUAAGAUUCAUUGAGGCUUUUGGGCAGAUUCCCAACUUGACCCUAUCAAGCCACUGAAGAUCGCUUUCGUCAUUUAGAUAGGAGAUCUUGAACGUAAUAUUGUCGAUAUGGUUUUCCCAAUUUCUGAGAUGCCACAUCUAUCUUCUAUACCCGUUAUUCCAAAACAUGAGCGAAAGAUAUAUGGUAUGCCUUCCAUAAAUGAGGAACAUACACCAAUAGACGACACUCCAGCUUCACCCAAAGAAAAUUGGCCACUAGGCCCAGAAACAAAUACACAUCGAAGAAACAAAUCUAGUAUGAACAUGUUAACGGCAAACGGUAUGGGUAUCAGAAAGUGGGAAGGAAAGGCGCGGAGGUCAAUCGAGUGGGAUGGCUUAAGGAGGGAUCCCGAAUUAUGGUACCCUGAAGGAGAUUGUCUAGUCUAUCUGUACGGCCGAGGACAAUCGAUGAGAGGGCCAGCAUUUCGGGUGCCAUUAAAUAUUCUGGUCGAAGCGAAAUGUCAACCACUUUUAGAUGCAUUUAUGUCGAAAGAUAUUAACGGCUCGCCAAUCGUAGACAGUAACGAGGUUCUGGAUGAAUAUAAUUCGAUUUCUAGUAAUUCUUACUACGCUGAGCUAUAUAUUCCAGCUCCUGUUAUGGCAGAGCGAGGAGAGGCUUUCCUCUACCACACCGCAACCCGGAACUUUUUUGCGUGGGUUUUCAAGAAGUCCUUGGUCGGACAGGAUUUAGGAAGCGCGUUGGUUGGACUUCUCAAUAGCAUGUCACAGUUCAGAUCGACUGAUGCCAACAACGUGGAUGAUAUCGUAGCCUAUAUCGAUGGAGAGGGGUACGCAGAUAUGAGGAAUACACCAGAUCAUGCCCUCGGAAUCAUGCAUUUUGCAGAGCAUUUCCAUUUCAAAGAUAUGUGGAUAGAUGCACUUGCACACUGUGCUGGGAUGUGCGAGAAACUCCACAAUAGUCCUGGUUUCGAGUCAUUGAGUCGACAAGAUCGGGCUUUCAUAUCCCGAGCAAGACUAGAAAUGGACCUUCGACUUGACACAUGUGGAAAAAUGCUGAGUGGAUUUCUCACAGAAGAACUUGCCGACCCAUGUUUGCAGCUUGGCCCCGAUGCUCAAAUUCAACUCGAAAAAUUUAGAGCGUUUCUGCAAAGAUAUUACACUGCAAAGCUCGGAUCUUAUCCAUCGUUAGCAUCGAGAUCAGGAAGCGGAGCUUUCUCUAAGAGUCUGUUCAAACAAAUGCGAUCCGAAUUUCAAAGUUUGUAUGAGUUCCUAGCAGACUCUAGUGCGACGACAACAGGAACUACAAGCACUAGUAAGGAAGAAUUAGAUGUACUGCAUGCAGUCAUGGCAUUCGAUGGGCGAUACCAGAUCGAGCCAUUACCCUAUUCUCUACCACUACUUCCAGAUGAUACCACGAAACCAUCUACCAAACCAUUGAGCAAACGAUUGACCUUUACGGCGAAAAUGUUCCCCAAAAGUGAUAAAACUCACAACGAUUCUAGCUUGGAUUCUAUGAACGCUCUUGACAAGGCCACAAAUCGACAGAAUCUACAGCUCACCGAUUGUGCGCUUGUUCGUGCUUACCGGGGCUUUGAAAAAGAAUGUGCCAAUCAAGCCAAUUCCAAGGUGACAGCAGCGGAAAAGAUGUCCCAGGCGGAAGCCCGCAAGAUUCGUUGGAUUUUGAUCUAUUCUUCUCUUCAAAUACUUAUUCAAGCGACGAAGGUACCAGAUGAAGUGCGCGCUACUCAAAACGUAGCUUAUAAUAUUUCCAUUCGCACUGGAGAAUGUCCACCAUGGAAUGACCGACGUUCGUGUUAUAAUUUGAUUCGCACUCAAAGUGCUCAGGCAAACAGAGACUACCGAAACUCCCUAAUCAGGUCGAACCCUUCAAGUGCUGGACAAACACCAGUUGACGUUAUAGCUGCUUUCAAUGAUUAUCUUGCCCAGAGAGAGCAAUCUGCUUUAUCCCGAAGGACCGAAAGUGCUGCCGACACCACGUUAUCUAUCAAGAACAUAAUUGCAAAAGCAAAUACUGGUAAUGCCUUGACGAUAAUGCCGGAACUUCAACAUCCUAGCCCACGAAGAAACGCACAUCAUGAGAUUUUGAUUGAGGGAUAUGGUCAUGGCUUGGAGGACGGCCUUGCCGGUAGUCCAAUGACAACAGCUACCAAGGAAGAAUACAAUUCCUACAGAAAGCAAUCAUCAUCCCCCACUUCAUCGAUCGACGCCUCAUCACAAUGGUCUCGUUCCUCACACGAUCAAGAAGGGACGAAUUUCGAAUCGUCUGAUGUCGAUUCAUCUAGAACGAGUGGUUCAUUUACAUUUGAUGAUCGUCGAGGUUCAAUUUCUUCGGUCUAUUCUGAAGCUGAAUCGCUGGAACAGCCAUUUGCAUUUGAACAAUUGCACAAGCCAAAGCCAAUCAGUACGUACUCUAUGGGUAUAUACGAAGAGGAUUGGAUGGCAGGGAUUCUACCGGAGCCAUUAUUCUCACCAAGAACAUUCGAUAAAAAGCAGGUGAUACCUCCACCUCUCUCCAUCUCGAAACCUACGCAAAAGAGAAUUAGUAUUUUGAGUCAAAAGCCCGACAAGCAUACAAGCAUUGAUAGCAUAAUGGUGAUGAAUGAGGAACUGGCUGCUUAUCUCAACGGUUUGGCCUGAGUGAUGAUGGAGACUGAAUGUUUUCUUUUGGCUGUUGGAACACCCAAGCACACUUCUUGAAGUAUUGGUUAAGGGCGUUUGGGUUCGAGGGCUUGGGUUCGAGGGCUUGGGUUGGACGGCUUGCGUGUUAAAGGUGGAGUUUCUAGAGGAUCAAAAUAGGCACUGCUCGACUCGGAAUCUAAAUAUGUCGUGUAAUUGUAAUGUAAUCAAAAUAUUGUAUUUACAAAGUCCAUAAUCAUUGUCGGUGCAAGAUCUGCUGGAGUGAGAGAUGUCAGUGUUUCAAUAGGAGUGCUGAGACGUCAUCCUAAGACACAAAUGAUAAACAUGGCGUGGCUAGGGUAUACAAAUUACCCUCUCAUGUUUGAGAGAAAUAACAUGAUCGUCAUGAUUAACAUGAGUAAUUUGUUAGUUAGCUCUUUCCUCUUUCCUCCUGCCUUGCCAUCGGAAUAUUGAUCUCCCGAUCCCCUAUCCA